AUGCCGACAGCUUGUCUUCCAACAAAUCCAUUUCUUUUCCACUUUUUCUUAAUUUUAUUUAUUUCUCUCGCACAUCUUCCUACUCCCCUUUUUUGUCCACUCUUAUUUUUUCUCUCUCUUUCACUUCUCUCUCUUUCCCUUCUCUCUCUUUCUCUUCUCUCUCUUUCACUUCUCUCUCUUUCUUUCUCUUCUCUCAUUCUUUCUUUUCUCUCUCUCUCUCAUUUCCGACCCUUUUGUUCACAUUUUCUUUUUCUCAUUCUCAUCCUCUUGUCUCACGCCCUACAGUCAGUCAGUCUUUCUUUCUUUCUUUCUUUCUUUUUCUUCUCUGUGACUCUAUCUUUAUUUUCUUUCUUCGUUUUCUUUAUUUUCUUUCUUCGUUUUCUUAUCAUUCUUCUUUAUCACUCUUUUUGUCUUCUUUCUUUUGUCUUCUUUCUUUCUUUCUUUUCUUCUUCUUCUUCUUUAUCACUUUUCUCACUUUCUGUUUUUCCCUCAUCCCCUCGUCUCCCUUCCUCUCCCCUCUUUUUCUCUCCCUAUCUCAUUCUUAGCUAUCGUUUUUUCUUUUCUCGACCUCCCUACGACUUUUCUGUAGUUUUUCCUCCACCUUCUCUCCGAUUCUUUCUCUUUACAUUUUUCUUUCUCUUCUUUUUCGCGCUCUAUCUUCCCGUUUCAAUAUAUUCUUCUUCUUCUUCUUCUUCUUCUUCUUCUUCUUCUUCUUCUUCUUCUUCUUCUUCUUUUUCCUUCAUUUACUUUCUAACUCUCUUCUCUUUCUUCUCCUAUCUUCACUAUUUCGCUUCUCUCUCUCUCUCUCUCUCUCCCUUACUUCCUUCUUUCCUUAACCACAUACACUUGCUCUUCUCUCUCUACUCUACCCCCCGCUCUUCAUCUUUCAAUCCUUCUCUUUCUCCUCUCUAUAUUUUUGAUCACGUGUUUCCUUGUCCUUGCACACUUUCACAUCGGAUGAAAUUUAUCACGUAUUGUUUUUUUGUUUUUUUCGACCGGGCUUCCUUUCUCUCCCCACCCAAAAGUUUCUCUCUUUUUCUAAAUUCGCAUCUCCCAUCUUUCAAUAGUGCCUUUCCGCUGCCACUGUCCACUCACAUAAACAAUUACUCUUUGCAUCUGUUCCUAUCUCUCUCAUUUUCUCUCUCUCUAUCUCUCAGUCUGUUCAUAUCUAUCUAUCAUUUAGUCUCUCGUUCUUUCAUUCUCCUCUCCUCUCUCAUUCUCUCUCUCUAUCUCAAUCAGUCCCACUCUCAUUAUUUAAUCAAUCAAUCAAUCAAUCUAUCUAUCUAUCUAUCUAUCUAUCUAUCUAUCUAUCUAUCUAUCUAUCUUAAUGAAUUCAUCAUUUUUCUUUACUUCUUCUACUGGUUUCUUUACUUUGUUCUUUCGUUUUCCAUUCUCUCUUUUUUUCUUGUUUUUGUUUGCUAUAAUAUUCCCUUCUUUCUUUCUUUCUUUCUUUCUUUCUUUCUUUCUUUCUUUCUUUCUUUCACUUCGCCUUAG